AUGGUUCUAGAAAAUUACUCUGCAGUGACUGAGUUUAUCCUUGCAGGCUUAACAGACCAACCAGAACUCCAGAUUCCACUUUUCUUCCUAUUCCUAGGAAUCUAUGUGGUUACUAUGGUUGGGAACUUGGGCAUGAUCAUCUUAAUUGGGCUCAGUUCCCACCUCCACACCCCCAUGUACUAUUUCCUCAGUUGUCUAUCUUUCAUUGAUCUCUGUCAUUCCACUGUCAUCACCCCCAAAAUGCUUGUGAACUUUGUGUCAGAGAAAAACAUCAUCUCUUACCCUGAGUGUAUGACUCAGCUCUAUUUUUUCCUCAUAUUUAUAAUUUCUGAAUGCCAUAUGUUGGCAGUAAUGGCAUAUGAUCGCUAUGUUGCCAUCUGUAGCCCUCUUUUAUAUAAUGUCAUCAUGUCCUAUCAGUUGUGCUCCUGGCUAGUGGGUGGAGUGGGGACAAUGGCUGUGGUUGGAGCCACAGUUCAUACAGGAUGUAUGCUUAGAAUUUACUUUUGCAAAGAUAACAUUGUCAAUAAUUUCUUUUGUGAUCUUCUUCCCCUCUUCAAGCUUUCCUGCUCCAGCACCUACAUCAAUGAAGUAGUGCUUCUAGCUUUUAGUUCAUUUAAUCUUUUUGUCCCAACUCUGACUAUUCUCAGCUCUUAUAUUUUCAUCCUGUUCAGCAUCCUUCGCAUCCAAUCCACUGCAGGCCGUUCUAAAGCUUUCAGCACUUGCAGCUCCCAUAUCAUGGCUGUUUCUCUAUUCUUUGGCUCAACUGCCUUCAUGUAUCUGCAACCUUCUACCAACUCCAUGGAUCAGGGAAAAGUAUCCUCUGUGUUUUAUACCAUAGUGAUCCCCAUGUUGAACCCUCUGAUCUACAGUCUCAGAAACAAAGAUGUCAAAGUUGCACUGAAGAAACUUCUAGACAAAAGGGUUUUUUCAUAA